GUGUGUGUGUGUGUGUGUUUGGGGACAGUGUGUGUAUCUCUGUGACCUUUGAUCAGCUCAGAACAAACAUGGCGUUCGUCAGCGGAGAGACGAAGCGACUCUUCAUCCUACGACUCCUCAUCGCCGCUAUCCCAGCAUGCACUGGGCUUCCUGGAGGCGUGUUCGUCAGCAGACCGGAGGCGAGCGUCUUCCUGCAUCGAUCUCGUCGGGCGAACUAUCUGUUUGAGGAGCUGAAGACCGGAAACCUGGAGCGGGAAUGUCGAGAGGAGAAAUGUUCGUACGAGGAAGCGAAGGAGAUCUUCCCCGUCCAACAGCAGCUGGAGGCGUUCUGGAGGACGUACACAGCGGUGGAUAUGUGCCUGAAGUCUCCCUGUAAGAACGGCGGGACUUGCACUCGACACGUCAGCACCUACGUCUGCAAAUGUGCGCCUGGCUUCCACGGACAGAACUGCGACAAAGUGAGGUUGAACUCCAACGGCUGUCGAUACAGAAACGGCGAAUGUGAACAUUUCUGCAAAGAGUCACGUGAUCGCACUCCGAUCUGUUUCUGCGCUAGCGGUUACGUCCUGGACAAGAUGGACAACAGCACCUGCAAGCGUCACGAUGCCGUCCCCUGUGGAAGACAACAGGUCCACUUUGCCCCUCGGGUCGUUAAUGGGAUGAUGUGUCCCAAAGGACAUUGUCCCUGGCAGGCUAUGCUGACUAGAAACCACAGCUUCGCCUGUGGGGCGAUCGUCCUCUCCGAUCAGUGGAUCCUGACUGCGGCUCAUUGUGUUUGGGGGCACGCCAACAACAACCAUGUCUACCACGUCGUCGUAGGUGAGCAUGAUCAGAGGAUAGAGGAGAAGACUGAGCAGAAGCGUCGCGUGGCUAAAAUCUUGAUGCACCAGAACUACAACACCACCAGCUACGACUCCGACCUGGCGAUGCUGAAGCUUCACCGCCCCGUCAAACUGGGACUCUACGUGGUUCCCAUUUGUCUCCCCGCUCGGAACAGCACCUUCGGCCGGACACUGUCGACAAUCCGGUACUCAACUGUUUCCGGUUGGGGCCGCCUGGCACAAUUCGGCCCCCCAUCCACAAUCCUCCAGCGCCUGGUGCUGCCCAGAGUCCCGCUGCAGGAGUGUCGCCUCCACACCAACCUCAACAUCACCAGGAACAUGCUCUGCGCCGGGCGGAGGACUGGCGGACAGGACGCCUGCGGGGGCGACAGCGGCGGCCCUUUGGUCACACGCUACAAGAAAACGUGGUUCCUGACGGGCGUGGUGAGCUGGGGGAAGGGAUGCGCCGCAGAAAACCUGUACGGCGUCUACGUUAAAGUAGGCAACUUCCUGGACUGGAUCCAGAAUAUCAUGUCCACCGGUUGAAACCGGUUCAGAGUCAGAAAACCAUGAAUUCAAUGAAAGAGAAAGUUAGAAAGUUAGAGUAUAAGAGAGCGUUAGAAACAUAGACAGAGUUUCAAUUUGAGCUUAAAAAUGACACAAAGACACAAAUGAACAACGUGGUGCUUUUUCCAUUUCAGUCUAGCUUUGUAAGACGAAUCAGUCGUGAGCUUUCUCCUACAUAACAAACAUCUAAAGCUAUUAAUCUGUGACUCAUGUAAAAUGCUUUUGACUCAACAUGAAGGAUUUAUUUGAGCCAGCGACAUGUUUGUUGAAAAUAAAAUAAAAGACCAAAAGUA